GGCCCAGCAGGUGACCGCGGCCCGGGGUUGGAGCCGGAGCGUAUCGCGGGCAGCGCCGCGAGGAGACGGCGCGCGGGGCCGGGCGAAGUUUGGCGGAACAUGGCGGAAGAGUCCGGGGCGCGCAGGAGCGCGGCGCGGUGGCAGCCGGAGCCCUGGGAGCUGUAGCCGCCGCCGCCGCCGUUGCCGCGGGGCGAGGUCGCCGCCAUGGCCCGCUGGAUCCCGACCAAGAGGCAGAAGUACGGAGUUGCGAUCUACAACUACAAUGCCUCUCAAGAUGUGGAGCUGUCCUUGCAGGUUGGAGACACGGUUCACAUCCUGGAGAUGUAUGAGGGUUGGUACAGAGGAUAUACCCUCCAAAAUAAAUCUAAAAAGGGUAUUUUUCCUGAAACAUAUAUCCAUUUGAAAGAGGCCACUGUAGAAGACCGUGGGUAAGUUCUAAUGUAGGAAGACGCCUACCAGGCAGCACGAGACUGUGAUUCCCGGGGAGCUCCCACUGGUACAGGAGCUCACCUCGACACUGCGGGAAUGGGCCGUCAUCUGGCGCAAGCUCUACGUG